GUUGCGUCUGCUGAUUAAACAACCACCCGGGUCCAGUUGCUCAAUCGCUCAGUUUGCCAAAUACUCACUUUUUGACCAGCACCAUGUGCCACACAAUGCGUUGCAUUCUGAUCGUCUGCGUGGCCGUCGCCCUCCUUGCCGCCGGAUGCAGUGUGGAGGCCUCCAACUCCCGGCCGCCCCGCAAGAACGACGUAAACACCAUGGCGGAUGCGUACAAAUUCCUCCAGGAUCUGGACACCUACUACGGAGACAGGGCCCGAGUUCGAUUCGGAAAGCGUGGAAAUCUAAUGGAACUCCUGCGAAAUCGCGAGAUCGAAAAUAACUUCAACUUGGGCAAAGGUGUCAACAGUGGCGGAGAAUUGAUCCGCGCCUUGGAUGAGGAGGAGGUCUUCUAAUGGAAAAAUCGAGGCGACCACGGCAACGUCCAACACUCAUGUUUAUAAUUAUUAGCAUACGUACCUUUGUUGAGCUUAUGUUUUGGGGCAAUAGUUUAACUAUAUGGGGGUGUACUUUGUAGUUGCAACUGCAUAACAAAUGCUUAAAUAGUCUUGAUGUUAAUUAAAUAAAUGAAAAAAUAUC